CGUGAUCUUUAUAAAUAAUUAAAUGAAAAACAAAGAGAGAGGAAACGAGUUUUAUUAUGUAGGUGGCGGGAGUGGGUUGGGCGAGAUGGUAUGAAAAGGACGGGAAAGAUGGAUUUCUGGCCGGAGUUCAUGGCGAGCAGCUGGGGAAGGGAGUUCGUGGCCGGUGGAUUCGGAGGCGUGGCAGGGAUAAUCUCCGGGUAUCCACUGGACACGCUGAGAAUUCGGCAGCAACAGAGCUCGAAAUCGGGAUCUGCCUUGACCAUUCUCCGGCGGAUGCUCGCCGUUGAGGGCCCAACGUCGCUCUACAGGGGCAUGGCUGCGCCCUUGGCCUCCGUCACUUUUCAGAAUGCUAUGGUAUUCCAGAUAUAUGCCAUACUCUCUCGCUCCUUUGAUUCCUCUGUUCCUCCGGAAGGGCCUCCUUCCUACAGAGGCGUUGCUCUUGGAGGGGUUGGCACUGGGGCUGUGCAGAGCCUGUUGCUUAGCCCCGUGGAGCUCAUCAAGAUUCGUCUUCAGCUGCAGCAAUGCAAGAGUGGUCCAAUCAGCUUGGCUAAGAGCAUCCUCAGGAGACAAGGUCUAAAGGGGAUAUACAAAGGCCUCACCAUUACGGUGCUCAGAGAUGCUCCAGCUCACGGCCUCUACUUCUGGACCUAUGAGUACGUACGAGAAAGGCUCCACCCCGGCUGCAGAAAGACUGGAGAUGAGACCCUCAGGACCAUGCUCGUCGCUGGGGGCCUUGCUGGUGUCGCCAGCUGGGUCGCUUGCUAUCCUCUCGAUGUUGUCAAGACCAGGCUGCAACAAGGUGGCCAUGGGGCUUACGACGGCAUUUCUGAUUGUUUUCGCAAGAGCAUCACUCAGGAAGGCUAUGGGGUUCUCUGGCGUGGCCUCGGCACUGCAGUUGCCAGGGCCUUUGUGGUCAACGGUGCUAUUUUUGCUGCUUACGAGGUUGCCUUGAGGUGUUUAUUCACUCAAUUGCCAGGAGAGUGAUGAUGCUGCUGCUGUUGCGCUGCCUCAAGAAACAUAUAAGUUGCUGCCUCAAGAUUCAUAAAUAUAAUUGUUAGCACAUACAAAAAAAAGUUUAGUUGGAUUUGGAUUGCAUGGUCAAACAAAUCUGAGUCGCAGAAACCACCCCCGUCUGUGAUAAAACAGUUGGGACGUUUGAAAACCCAGAAAAACAGAUUAAAUGAAAUUCU